AUGUCUUGGUGGACGCCCACAAGCGCGCAAGAGAUGGAUAUGCCGUGCACAAGGCUUCAGUGUCCCACGGGAUACUUGCAGCGAUGGGAUGCUGAAAGCACAUUCUGCACGGGGGCAUGCAACUCCACUGAUGCGGAGAUGUGCUGCUUCCGAAGAGGAUUUGCAUCGCACAGCUGGCGAAUCCUGGCUUCAUCCGCUGUAAGUGAAUCCUGGGAUCUGGCAGCUUUGCGCUUUUACCUCGCCGAGAACUGUUCUGCGGAGUCUUUGAUAGAAACGGUGCCAGACAGGCGCAGCGGCGCCAACGGUGCCGCUUUUUCACACCACCGAGGGCGCGGAGGGGUUGCAGCGGAGCUUUUCCAUGAACCAAUUCGGCUCCCAUCAUCAGCAGCCAGCUCUGUGAAAUGGUCAUCGGGCGCACCUUGUGCUGCUGGAGACUGCUUUGUGGGGUUCUCCUGGGAGUCAGACGGCACCAGGCAGCCCGUGGGGAAUUGCAAGUUGACACGCGGCACUUGUCCAACAGUUGGCUACAUCCGCCAGGCCGGCGCUUUUCGGGUCGGCUGUGUGGAAGUCGAGCAGAGCUCAGCGUCAGGGUUCUUUGCCGAUACCCUGCGCCUGCAAUUGCUGGACUUGGAUGGUCCCACGGGAGCUGCCGACAUGACGUCCAGGCCGCAGCCACGUCGCCGAGUGGUAAUCAAGAGGAAGGUGUCAUCCUCAACUUACGAGAGGCACAAGGCACAGAUGGAGAAUCUGGGGCUUGACCCGUCGGACCCACUGCCGCCACAAUCAGAGCAGCUGGUGGACCUGGCGGAGGAUGAGCUUGAUGCUCCAGAUCCGGAAUUGUCGCCUCCUCAUAUCUCACCCAAUAUGGCGUUGCCCGCCCGCGGGCAGCGACUCUCCACAUCCUCACAGGUGCUGCCUCCAAAGGCCAAGGAGAGGAAGAGUGUCAGUCUGAAGACGCGCACUCUGGAAGAGCAGAUAAUAGCUAAACGGUACGAUCGUGCACUCGAUCGCUUUGCGCAGCAGCAAGAAGAGUGGGAAAAAUUCCGACAUCAUGCUUCUCGCAAGACUGGCAGGGACAAGGAGGAGCUUGUUGUCACACGGGCAGAAGAGUAUAGGGAGAGGCUGGAGGUGAUGGAACUCCUGGAUCGGGCCACCCCGGAAGAGAUCAAAAGCGGAGGCUUCAACUGGUACCACUCUCUUCGUGGAGGGGGCGCACGAUUCAUCCAGGUUGGGAACAUGUUCUCUGGACUGUACCUGCCGAUGAAGCUGCACAAGGAGAAGUUUGUGCAUGAAAUCAUCAGGAAGCCCUUGCUCGUGGAUUUGACUACUGCGAGGCAUACAGCAGAGGCCAGUGGCAAGAAGAAGCCUCGAUCAUGGCGGGAUGAUGAGUACCUUCUGACUCGGAUCAGGAAGUACGGCGCGAAGAUGAAGGAGCUUGCGCCCGGCCAGCUCGAGUAUGACGAGCUCAUGGAGCCUGAGGUUCAUGUCGAUGCUCUGCAGACGAGGGCCUCCGAGGGCCUCGGAGAUGAGGAGCUCAUGGCGGCGUUACUCGAAGAGGGUACCACGGCCGACAAUACCAUGCCGCUGGAGAAGGAGCCUCUGACAAGCGCCGCUGCGGCACCAAUUGCAGGCCCGCAUGCAGAGGUGACCCCGUCUCAGCUGCACUUCCAGGCAGACGUGAAAACGACCUGCACCCGAACGAUCCGCCUGAGAAAUACUGGGUCGGCUGCGAUUCAGUUCGAGUGGCUUCAGAAUGCGCCACGGCAGGGUUUCCAGGCAGGGCAACCAGUCGGGGCUUACUCUGAGCAGAAGGUCAAGCUGCAACAUCCCCGAAGAUCCUUGAAGUCUAUUGGUCUCCUUCCGUUGCGCUUCUCGAUUUAUUCAUCUUAA